ACGAUGUCUAUUUUCAAUUUAACUAGUUCUGAUUUUUUUAUGUUUUUAUUCAUAUCAGUAAUCAAUUUGUAUUUAAUAGAGUGUGGUAGAGUAAAGAGAGUUAUCGGAGGAGAGGAGGUGGCUUGCGGUACCCAAAAUCGAGUAGCAUCUUUACAAAACGCAAGUAAUUCUCAACAUUUAUGUGGCGCCACCUUAAUUUCCCCACAUAUUGCUGUGACAGCAGCGCAUUGCGUCGAACACGAACCGGAGAAUUAUUGUCUUUCCCUCAAGAACUAUUGUACAGAUGAUAACAUUGUGCCACCCAACGCUCAAGUUCUGGAAAUUAUACCGCAUCCUUUAUACAGUCGAUUUUCUGGAGCACAUGACAUUGCUGUGUUGCGGUUACUACUUGAAUUGAAUGACAUAAAAUGGCUUAAUGAUACAGUGCUACCCAACUCUUCGUUCGGAAUAUCAGGUGAGUGUACAAUGUACGGCUACGGGUAUAGAGAUGUAACCCGAAAGGAACUCUCAAAUACGUUACUCUCUGCAAGACUGAAUCUAGUAUCUCUGGACGAGUGUACUGAAUCAUUAGGACAAUACGUAGCUCCAAAAUACGACAGCGGAAUGAUAUGCGCCGUCGGUGAAGAAGUAGACGCGUGCCAGGGAGAUUCUGGUGGUCCACUGAUAUGUGCGGGUAAGCUUCAAGGUAUAUGUGCGUACGGACUCAGUUGUGGAGUUCCCGGGAUUCCCGGAGUAUACGUCAGUGUUGGCGCUCAUAUACAAUGGCUUAGAAGUGUUAUAAAGAAUAUACAAUAAGAAUUUUGUGCUCAGCAGUAUGUACG